GAUUGUCACUGCAAACAGAGAUCUAUUAAUGGAUCUCCCCUCCCAACUGAUUCCCACUCUGGUCUGCUUACUAGCGUUUACCAGCACCUUGGUCCACGGCCAGAACUCCAAUAAUGGGUUGAGAGAGAUCAUCAAAACGUUGAACAUCCUCACAGCGAAAAACGACUCGUGUAUGGAGCAGACCGUCAUGGACGUCUUGGCUGCCCCAAAGAACACAAGUGAUAAGGAAAUCUUCUGCAGAGCAUCAGCUGUGCUGCGGCAGAUCCACACACACCACAACUGCUUGGCCAGAUUCCUCUCAGGACUCUACAGGAACCUCAGCAGCCUGUCGCGCAAGACCUGUUCUGUGAACGAAGUCAAGAAGACUACACUGAAAGACUUCUUGGAAAGGCUAAAAGCAAUCAUGCAAAAGAUAUACUCAAAGCUCUGAAGCCGAAUAUUUUAAUUUAUGAGUUUUUUAAUUGCUUUAUUUUAAAAAUAUUUAUAUAUUUAUAAUUCAUUAUAAAAUAAAGUAUAUGUAGAA